AUGUUUUCAAAUAAUUUAAUUGAAACUGUUCUUGAAGAUGUACAAUUUCCAGUUUAUAGAAUUCGCUUUCCCGCUAUUACACUAUGCAAUACCAAUCGUAUAAAUUGGAACCGAAUUGAAGAGGCAAAAGCAAAAUUUUUACCGCAAAAUCGUUCGCAGAAUACUGAAAAUCUAUUUGAGAAUUUUAUGGCAAUGUUUGAAAAUUAUCGCUUUGGGUUUUUUGCAAAUUUUUCAACUAAAUUUGAAAAUGAAUCUUUAACUGAGCUAGACCAAAUUAAUUUAAAUGAAGUACUAGAGUUUUUGAUGUUUAGAUGCGAAGAGAUGUUUUCAACGAAUAGCUGUCUUUGGAGAAAUAAAGAAUUCAAUUGUUGUGAUGAAUUUGAUUUGCAAAAAACAGUUUACGGGCAUUGUUUUACAUUUAAUUCCGAAAUAACGACAAACGGUAGAGCAAAAUUUAAUGAUAUAAGCUACCCAAGAAGAUCACCGGGCGGAGGCCCCGGCAGUGGUUUAAGAGUACAAGUAAAUUUACAUCCAGAUAAAAAAAGACCAGGGAAUACUCAGGCAAACGGAUUACAGAUAAUAUGUCAUAAGUCAACAAUAUGGCCUACUGGUCAAGGAGUUUCAUUCUCCAGUACUGCAAUAGCACGUACAGAAACAGUUGUAGUAUUACAACCCGAAAUUUAUGUAGCCGACAAAAAAAUAUCAAAAUUACACUUAGAUCAGAGAGGAUGUUUAUUUGAGGAUGAAAAAGAAGACAACAUUUACGAAUAUUUACCAGGUCAACAAUACAGUUUCGGAAAUUGUUUGUUUCAAUGCAAAUUGCGAUAUGCACAAGAAAAAUGUGGGUGCAUUCCGGAUAUGUCAUUUCCAGCUGGUAACAAAACUAAACGCCCGUGUCGAGCAUCCGAUUUUAAAUGUCUAGGAGAAAAUGAUAGUAAUUUUUGUUUGAAGUGUUUUGAAAUGGUGUCUUAUUAUAUAAGAUCUCUUAUAUGUGUGAUUGUAGGUAUUUUUAAGCAGUUUGCCUUGAAAGGUUUUCAAGCUGAUGUUCCGGAUACAGCAUUUAUGUAUUGCCGUUGUGCAUUUACUUGCACAAAAACUGAUUAUCAUGGGAAACGACAAUACUACUUGUAA